AUGCAGUCCGCCAUGGCCAACGCGACCAUGCUGCCUCUGCCUCCUCUACCCACAUACACCUUGACGCCUCUACAACCUCUGCUCUCCUGGAUCCCCGACCUCUACUUGGCCCUGAUUCUUCCCGUAGCCGCUUACUGGAUCGUUUCCUUCGUCUUCCACUUCAUCGACGAGUACGACUUGUUCCCUCAAUACCGCCUACACACUCCUGCCGAGGUCCUCAAGCGCAACCACGUCUCUCGAUGGGACGUUUUCCGCGAUGUUAUCAUCCAGCAGGUCAUCCAGACGGCCGUCGGUCUUGCCAUAACCAUCAUUGAGCCUGAGGCUACCAUCGGACAGGACGACUACAAUGUUGCUGUUUGGGCUCAGCGGAUUCGCAUCGCCCAGCGUGCAAUCCCCACCGUGCUUGCCUUUACCGGCCUCGACGCCAACACCAUUGCAACCAAGCAGGCUGUCGCACAUCCAAUCCUCUCUGCUGCCUUGAAAGGUGGUAGCUACAACCUCUAUCAGCAAGCAGCUUCGGGCGACCUCAUCCCAGCCUUUGCCUCGUGGGAGCUCACGCUAGCAAAAGCCAUCUACUGGAUCGGUAUUCCCGCCUUGCAAUUCACCUUUGCCGUCCUCGUCGUCGACACAUGGCAGUACUUCUGGCACAGAGCCAUGCACAUGAACAAGUGGCUCUACACAACCUUCCAUUCUCGUCACCACCGCCUCUACGUCCCCUACGCCUACGGCGCUCUUUACAACCACCCCUUCGAGGGCUUCCUUCUUGACACCUUGGGUACUGGUAUUGCCUACAUGCUUGCCGGUAUGACUUGCAGACAAUCCAUGUGGUUCUUUACUUGCAGCACAAUCAAGACGGUCGAUGACCACUGUGGAUACGCCCUUCCUUGGGACCCCCUCCAGCACAUUACCAGCAAUAACGCUGGUUACCACGACAUCCACCACCAGAGCUGGGGCAUCAAGACCAACUUCAGCCAGCCAUUCUUUACUUUCUGGGACGGUCUUCUUGGUACAAAGUGGGUCGGCGGAGACGUCUCUGCUCGCUACGAAAGAUCAAGAAUUGCUGCUCAGAAGAAGAUCGACCAAGACAAUAUCUCUCACUCUAGCCCUGCACAGAGUCUUGAGGUCGAGCUUUCACCAUACGAGUCUGAAGAGAAGAAUGCCAGCACACUAGCAAAGCAGUCACAAGCACAACUCGACCCUAGCAUCCCGGAAGGCAAAGCAGCACUGCAAGCUCUUGGAUCUAGACAGCAGAUCCUGGACGACCAGGCCGGAGGCGGUGUUCAAGUCCUCCUUGAAGAAGCGGCCGAAGAGCGUGAAGCACAGCGUGUCCUGCGCCGCAGCCCUAGGAAGAAGACGGUAUCGCAAGCGUCAUCGGCUCCACUCAAGGGUCUGCGAGAUAGAGUCAAUACCAGCCUGCAUGGGAAGGCGAGUGGCGUGCUUGUUGAGAGCAGCAGAUGA